UGUCUCUCAGUCUCUGUCACAACAGGGCUAAUCACCAGCCGAGCAGCCCUUGGCAAAGUCACACUGAGGGAGGUCUCGCCACCAAACAAGGCAACCAGCGUUUAUCAGGAGACGGCCGGACUCUGAUUUUAUUUUUUGACUUUUUUAUCUCCUAACUCGAUGGAAAGCCACAGUGGAUCAGUUUUGCAUCUGAGAGAUUUGGGCCUGGUAGGGUGAGCUGGAGCAACAGAGAUCCACGUACCUGGCAAGCCUGUUUGACCUUACCUGUGCUCCGAUAGUGUGUAGUCCUCACGACCAGGAGCCAUUUUGUACCCUCAGUCAAUCAAGGGGCACCUGCACGUUCACGCUGAGAGGCAAAACAAGACGAGUGAAUCCUGCCACACUAACCCAUGGAAGGACUCUAUAAAUCCAGAAAACGAAAACGAUUUCCACACUAAUGAGCAUCUUCCUGCACUGUCGAUGGAACCCGGGAGCCUCAAGUUGCUCCGGCCAGGCUAGGGUGAUCCGUCCUCUGGUGUGUGCCGUCUCCCCCCACCAUGCAGAAUAAUGUGCCCUCCACAUCAUGAGUCCGUUGGGCCAGGUUAGUGUGCAGCCUACCUGGAACACAGCCCUGCUUGCCGUGCUCUCCCUCAUGGUACCUGCCCUCAGUAUGUGCCAGUCCAGCAGCACAACACUGGGCUCAGCCAGCUCGCAGAACUGUCCGGGCAUGUGCUCAUGCACCAACCAGCUCAGCAAGGUGGUGUGCACCCGCAGAGGCCUGGUUCGGGUUCCUCCUAACAUCCCAGGCAACACCAGGUACCUUAACCUGAUGGAAAACAGCAUAGAGACCAUACAGGCUGACACCUUCAGACACCUGCAUCAUUUGGAGGUGCUGCAGUUGGGCAGGAAUGCUAUCAGGCAGAUUGAAGUAGGGGCCUUCAAUGGCCUGACCAGUCUUAACACUUUGGAGCUGUUUGACAAUAGGCUGACGGUCAUACCCAGUGGAGCUUUUGAGUACUUGUCAAAGUUAAGAGAAUUGUGGUUGAGAAACAAUCCCAUUGAGAGCAUCCCAUCUUACGCCUUCAAUCGCGUCCCCUCUCUAAUGAGGCUAGAUCUCGGAGAACUGAGAAAGUUGGAGUACAUCUCCGACGGGGCAUUCGAGGGUCUUCAGAACCUCAAGUACCUCAAUUUGGGCAUGUGCAACCUGAGAGAGUUCCCCAAUCUCUCGCCCCUUGUGGGUUUGGAGGAGCUUGAAAUAUCAGAGAAUGUUUUCCCUGAACUUAAACCUGUAGCCUUCCUCGGGCUCAAGAAUUUACAUAAACUGUGGAUUAUGAACUCCGCCAUCACCACCAUUGAGAGGAAUGCAUUUGAUGACAUCACAGCUUUGGUGGAAUUGAAUUUGGCUCAUAAUAAUCUGUCAUCUCUCCCCCACAACCUCUUCACACAUCUGCACUACUUAGUGGAGCUACAUCUGCACCACAACCCUUGGAAAUGUGACUGUGAUGUAGUGUGGCUCUCCUGGUGGCUCAGAGAGUACAUUCCCACCAAUUCUACCUGCUGUGGACGCUGCCACACCCCAGGCCAUAUGAAGGGAAGAUACCUGGUGGAGGUGGACCAGACCACGUUUCAGUGCUCUGCACCAUUCAUUCUCGACGCUCCGAGAGAUCUGAACAUCUCGGCGGCAAGGGUGGCGGAACUGAAGUGUCGCACAGCUGCCAUGAGCUCCGUUAGAUGGCUUCUGCCCAGCGGGACAGUACUGACACACGGCUCGGUUCACCCACAGAUAUCUGUUCUUAAUGACGGAACCCUAAACUUCUCCAAUGUUCUGCCGUCAGACAUAGGGGUCUACACUUGCAUGGUGAGCAACAUGGCAGGGAAUUCAAACGCCUCAGCCUACCUUAAUGUCAGCAAUGCCGAACUCAAUACGUCUACAAAUCUGUCCUAUUUCACCACUGUAACCGUGGAGGUAUUAGAGCCGACGGUGGAAGAAACCCCGAAACCUAAGCCAACACCCCCUGCUUCGCCUUCUGUCUUCAAACCUGUCUUCAUCUCCACGCCUACUGUGCUGUUCCAAAACACACAAACCCCAAGGCAGGUGUCGAUCCCCACUGCCAGGAUCCCCAGCGGGCCUGCUGCUAGCCUGGAUGAGGUCAUGAAAACCACCAAAAUCAUAAUUGGCUGUUUCGUCGCUGUGACCUUAUUGGCAGCGGCCAUGUUGAUUGCGUUCUAUAAGUUGCGUAAGCGGCAUCAACAGAGGAGCACAGUGGCCGCAGCCAGGACCAUAGAGAUCAUACAAAUGGAGGAGGAAGUUCCUUCAGUUCCGCCCACUUCUGGAUCUAGCUGCUCGGAGGAGACGGAGUUGGUAUUGCCUACGUUAGUGGAACACAACAGCAACACCUUUAAGCCUGGCUACGUGUCGUCGUCUCGCCAAGGGGCCUACGCAGCCCAUUGGACCCAGAACAACACUCUGCAUUGUUCAGCCAGACAGCAUCACAGCCACAUCAGCACCAUAGCGGAUCCUUAUAUCAUUAAGACUACUCAUGGAAAAGAGAAGGUUCAAGAGACCCAAAUCUGAAUAAUGUUCUCCCGGGAUUUGUCUCUUGACUCUGCCCAAACCUUUUGACCAUGUCGUAGAAUGCACAAAGAAAAAGAAAUGGUACCUUGCUUUUUGUACAGAAGUAGAGACACUUCUUGUUUCUUGUACAUGCCUAUACAUAAGUAUAUCACUUAAGAGAAUACAAAUCUAUAUAUCUAUAUACGUACAUGACACUAUCAGGCAGUGGUGAGACAUGCAGAUUCUCUUUGAAAAGAAAGAAAUUUGACACUAUUUUCUAAUAACAGGUGACCUCUGUUUAAAGAUUGCUUUUAGUGAUUAAGGGUGGUACUCCCGAGUGCGGGAAAGGAGGUUUUUGGAGCAUAUUUAGGAUGCGGUAAAAGAUGAAUCUUUACAUAUGGUUUCUGUGAGCUCCACUUUUACUGUGCCAAAUAUGAUAUGCAAUAAACCGGCAUUUCCCGACAAAGGAGAAAAAGAAAAAAAACAAAGGGACACACAAGUCAUAUGUGGCUAGAUUUGAA